AAAAAUGAAAAGUGUGGGUGCUGUAGUCUCGUACAUACCUGGCAUGGGCAUCACAUCUCUCUCUCUCUCUCUCUCUCUCUCUCUCUCAUAUAUCCCACUUUCUGAGCUGUGAAGGCUCUGUGAUGUUCUAGAUCAAGAUGGAGGCAAAUUUCGAGAACCCAUCUCAAAUCAACAGAUUCUGUGUUGAUGGAUUGCACAAGACAGAUAUCAUUGAAUGGAACAAGAAGAGAAAACCACAGAGUGAUCCAUUGGAUUUGCUUAGACCAAGGCAUAAAUGCUGGAUAGGGAAUUCCUCUUCUGAACAUGAUUUAAUAUCUGAUGAAAAUCCAGUAUUAGAGGGCAUGCACAUGUACGUUGUAAAGGGUAGAAUGGAUACGGAGUUACUUGACGUUUGUUCAGAACCUGAAUCUGCCAAAGACAGCAAUAGUUUUAUUGAAGAUUCCAGUACAUCCAUAUCUGUAGAUUCCAAUAAUGUUAAGGAUAGUCAUUCCUCUUUGGAUGUAUCAGCAUCUGAGAAGGUAUGCUACGAGGAAGAUGAAACAUUUGUUGACAAAGAAUAUAAUCCAUCUUAUCAUUUUGCUGAUUUAAAUGCUUUGAAGAGUCUUGAGGAGCACUUUCUGGGAAUAGGAAGUGGCACAGAUCACGUGUACUCAGGAUAUGCUAAUGAAAACAUUGAGGAGUCCGGAGAUAAGGGAUUUGAAGAUAUUCUUUAUUCUAAAGGGGAGAAUCCUACCACAUAUGUCCUUUCAUCUGGAAGAUGGAAUGUAAACCAAGAGGUUCAAUCAAGCACGAGGCCACCAACAAUUGAUCAAGAAUUUGAGGAGUACUUUUCCAUGCUUAUGCUCUAGCAGAUAUUACUCACGUCGGCAGUAGAUGUAUAUACUUUUGGAAAUGGCUGUUGUAACUGUAAGUAUUGCUCGUGUGAAGAUUUUCGUAACUUGUUAUUCUGAAGACUUUGCAACAUCUUCAGAAGUAAGUUAGUUUGAGGUUCCUUUUGUGGCUUUUUUCUUCUUCCUUCUUUCUCAAUCUCUCUCUCUCUCUCUCACACACACACACACUUCCCCCUUGGACCGAAAUGCUGAAACUUGUGAAUUAUGAAAGUCUAAACCAAAAUCUGUGUUAUGGAUGGCGAUUUUAAUAAAUGAGGCGAAAGCGGAUAGAAUUUUCUUUA